AUGAAUUACUCCCAAUGGCUUUCGAUAAUCUUAAUAUUCAUCGUGGGACACAAUAACAACUGGGCCUGUGCCACCCUCAAUCCCAGUUCAAGUCACUUCUUCAAUCGUAAACUUCUAAGGCAAAUGAAAAGUUACAUUGACGUCGAAGCCAAUCCCUGUGCGAAUUUUUAUCAGUAUGCCUGUGGCAAAUGGUCACAGGUACAUGCCGUGUGCGAUAAUCCCGAAAGUCCCUAUACAACGGCAAUAGACAAAGUAAAUUAUGAAAUCAAUUUGGAAUACGUUCAAUAUCUCGAUGCCAUGAUCAUAAGAAACAAACCGGAGUUUGCUCAAAAAGCCCAUGCCUUUUAUAAGUCCUGCCUGAGUGCUGGUUUGAAUAAAGACAACAACUUGAAGAACGUUAUCAGAAUAAUGCAGGGGAAUGCCAACAUGAAAUGGGCUCUUCUAGGCCAAACCCCCUUCGAUUGGGUUCGCACCUUGGCUGUGCUGCGACGAUAUGGUCUAAACGGCAUAUGGAUCGAGGAAGAUGUCUAUGACAGCUAUGGGGAUACAUUCAAAUCGGUUAUCGAUUUGGACAAACCCACUCAAGGCGGAGGAUUUACUCCCAUGACCUACGAAGAUUUGAAAUACAUCACGGAGAGUUUAGGGAAAACGCUUAAUGAAGUUGAGCCUGCAAGGCAAUUGUCUGACAGAAUUGUGAAGUUUGAGGUGCAACUGCGGCAGUUGGAGCUGGUAAAGGAUCAUGUUGGUCUCAAACAGGUGGCAGUGAAGGACCUUCCCCUGCCUUGGCUGCAGCAAUACCUGAGCAUUGUCUUGAAUCGCUCUCCACUGAAUCCUAACAUGAAAGUUCAAAUUCAAAAUGUGGCCUACAUGAAAGAAUUGGAUGCUUUGCUUCAGAGCCAGGAAUCCGGAUUUCUUUGCCGAUAUUUGGAGUUGAGAUUCCUAUGGCAAUUGGGCCAAACUCCCAAAACUUCCAGCAAAACCAAUUGUGUGGCUGCCACUCGGGGAUUCCAAUCGCUAGCCAUGAAUUGGAUCUAUGAACAGGAACAUCCGGAACUCGAACAAGAAAUUCCUAGAAUUUACGAAAUAUUCAACAACAUUGUGGCCUACAUAAGGCAUAAAAUGAAAGCAGAUAGAAGCGGCAUAGUAACACCGAAGGUUCUAAACAAGUUGGACAAGAUUAAAUUGAAGGUGGGAAAUUUGCCGCGUAUUAACACCAUUGAAGUGUUGAAUUCAUUUUAUGCAGCUCUCUCCUUGAGUCCUCACGACUUCUACGGCAAUCUUUUGAACAUCUCUCAUUUUUAUUUUAAUGUCAGCCAUUCCGGCUAUGGCAAUUAUUUAAGCCACAACAUCGACGAGUUAUUCUACGCCGAUUCUUAUGUAACUGGUUCCACCUUUCUGCCAUAUUAUCUGAACACACCCAAUGUCAUGAUGGCCCCUCUCACCCUGAUGCGCCAACCUUUCUAUCAUUGGGGCUAUGGCGAUGUCUUUACAUACAGCACUUUGGGUAAUCGCUUCGCCAUUCUCAUAAUCAAGGAUCUCAUGGAGACUUGCGCAGUAGAGGCCGAAGACUUACAAAAACUGGUGGAGAUUUCAGGCUUUCAUUCAGCCUAUGGAGCAUUCCGAUCGCAAUUACCCGAAGAUCAAAGAGACGCGUACUUCGCUAGAGGAGCCCAAAUAAUAUUUUUCCUUAACAGUGCUCAAAUACUCUGCGAUGCUGCGGCCGCUUUCGAUGUGAAUCCCUUCAUGACGCAUUUUCCCGAGUUCUCAGAUGUCUUCGAUUGCAAACUGAGACAUUUUCUAAAGGCUUUUGAGAAACUUCAAGAAGAAAAAGAAGAAUUAUAA